UGAGAGCGGCUGAACUGCCCGCUGCCUGCCCCGCCAGGCGCCCCCUGCACCAUGGUCUGGAACACCAAUCUGCGCUGGCGGCUGCCGGUCACCUGCCUGCUCCUGGAGGUGGCCCUGGUGGUCCUCUUCUGCAUCUUCGUGCGCUACGACCCCGAUGCCGACGCCCACUGGAUGGACGAAAAGCUGGCCGGUAACAUCUCCAGCGACCUGGAAAACGAAUUCUACUAUCGCUACCCGAGCUUCCAGGAUGUGCACGUGAUGAUCUUCGUGGGCUUCGGCUUCCUCAUGACCUUUCUGCAGCGCUACGGCUACAGCGGCGUGGGCUUCAACUUCCUGCUGGCAGCCUUCGGCAUCCAGUGGGCGCUGCUCCUGCAGGGCUGGUUGCACUGCUACAGGGAAGGCUACAUUCUCAUAGGAGUGGAGAACCUCAUCAACGCCGACUUCUGCGUGGGCUCCGUCUGUGUGGCCUUUGGGGCCUUGCUGGGCAAGGUCAGCCCUAUCCAGCUGCUCAUCAUGACACUUUUCCAAGUGACCCUCUUCUCGGGGAACGAGUUCAUUCUCCUCAGCCUGCUGGAGGUGAAGGAUGCAGGGGGCUCCAUGACCAUCCACACAUUCGGCGCUUACUUUGGGCUCACAGUGAGCUGGAUCCUCUACCGACCCAACCUACACCAUAGCAAGCAGCCGCAGAGCCCUGUGUAUCACUCGGACCUCUUUGCCAUGAUUGGCACCCUUUUCCUGUGGAUAUACUGGCCCAGCUUCAACUCAGCUGUGUCCAGCCACGGGGACGCCCAGCACCGCGCUGCCAUCAACACCUACUGCUCCUUGGCCGCCUGUGUGCUCACCUCGGUGGCACUGUCCAGCGCCCUGCACAAGAAGGGCAAGCUGGACAUGGUGCACAUCCAGAACGCCACGCUCGCGGGAGGGGUGGCCGUGGGCACUGCGGCCGAGAUGAUGCUCAUGCCUUACGGCUCCCUCAUUGUCGGCUUCAGCAGCGGCAUCAUCUCCACCCUGGGUUUUGUGUACCUGAAGCCAUUCCUGGAGUCCCAGCUGCGGAUCCAGGACACAUGCGGCAUUCACAACCUGCAUGGCAUUCCCGGCAUCAUAGGCGGCAUCACCGGUGCCGUGACGGCAGCCUUUGCCAACAGUGCCGUGUAUGGAGAGGAAGGGCUUAUCCAGGCCUUUGGUUUGAGGUCAAAAUUGGACUCCAGCAUGCAGGCCAAGCUCCAGGCUGCCGGCCUCUUCAUCUCCCUGGCCAUGGCCCUGGUGGGCGGCAUCAUCGUGGGCCUCAUUUUGAAACUUCCAUUCUGGGGCCAAGCCCCCGACCAGAGCUGCUUUGAUGAUGCAAUCUACUGGGAGGUGCCUGAACACGAGAGGACUGCCCUCCGUCCUGAGCACACCACCCUCAGACCCCCAGAACCUUAAGCUCCCAGGGCAGGGGAGACACAGGCUCCGCAGAAGCAGCUGGUGCUGCCGAGCUGGGAACACAGGAGCGAGGCAAGCAGCACCCUCCUUGGCGUCCUGGCCCUGGGGCGUCUCCACCCUGCCUUCCCUUCCUCCAGGGGGCCUGCCUGAGAGUGGAGAAGGAGGAGUUGGAGACAAAGCAAGUGUCCCCCAGGUUCUGGCCGCAGGAAGCCUGCCGCUGGGGUCUUGGUGGUCACAUCCUGAGAAAAGCAGGCAGGGCUGGGGCUGGGGGUGGACCCAGGCCCUCCUCAGAGGCAACUGAGCUGCCAGCCCCCCACUGCUGGGCUCUCCCACUCCCCGCCCGCCCUCAGCUGCACCUUCACUGCUCCCUGGACCCCCCACCUCCCUGUGCCACGCAGAUGGCGGCCUCCGUGAAUAAAUGUUCUUGGUGCCCUUGGUA